UCUUCAUGUGACAGUGUUCUACGCAGGAACUGACAUAUUAGGAGGGACAUUCUCAGUAGUAACAUGUGGGCGUAUAGUCAGGCAGUUGACAAACAGUACCAUUGCAUCAUUGGGAAGAAAGUGAAAGGCCAACCCAUUCAGGAAAAACAUCAUGUAAAGGAAGUAACCACACUGGUAGAGUCUUGCUGCAGUGCGUCUGUGAAUGUGAGCAGUGCGUCAGCUGUGGCUAUUGCCGACCUUGUACAACAAGGUCACCUUGAUCUGGAUUAUGCUGUUACCUCCCUCAUCAAUGUUGCACCGCUGACAAGUAAACCAAGUGGUAUCGUGCAAGCCUUGAGGAUAUUGCUGCAGCAACAAGCACUAGGUACUGAGGUGGCAAGUAGUUCAGCACGUGUUUUCAAGUCACCUUAUGGACUGAGGUCGGUACCUCAUCCAUUCUUGUCAUUGCUUGGCAAUCAACCGGAAUGCUGGCCAUACUUGCUGAGCGAAUCACAGGUUUUCCUCUCACACCAGGACAAAUGGAUUCGCAGGUCAGCGAUCGCCGCUCUCGCACCGUUUCUCACGUACGCCCUCCUGCACCCUGCCGCGCCUUCCGACAUACAGCCGCUCACUCGAGAACUGCAGCUCUGUCUGCUGCAGAUACACGACGACGAGGCGGUGACGCGAGACGCCGUCGAGUUUGUGCUGCGGCUGACGCCAUGGCUGCAGACAGGCAGUCCUGCUACCUGUUGGAACGUGAAGUAUUUGUUGGUAGACGUCGGCCGUCUGCUCACGACAUUGCCACGUGACGUCUGCUCUGAUUUCUCGUCACGUCUGAUGCUUGACAUGCUGUCACAUGCCCUGUGCAUGCGUGCGCAGGGACUACAGUCAUCGACCCUGUUGUUACGGGCCGCAACCCUGGCUCGCACACACGUAGACGAGCAAGCUGUGGAUAUAUUGCUGAUGCUGUUAGCACUACUACUGCAGUCGUGCACGGUGACAUGUCUAGCAAGCUUGCUAGAUAUCGGUAUUUCGCUGCUUGGUGCGGCCCAGGCUCGUUCUCGACACGUGUGCGCUGGCUUGCUCGCGAUGCCGCUGCAGCAGGUGCUCAUGGUAACCGAAACGUCGUCACUCUGCCACGUCCGCGAGAACCACGCCGCGGCAUCGAAACUCAUGCAGCUCGUCGAAAAUGCCAUCUACACGCAGGCUACGUCCACGAUGAAGCGACAACAGUCUGACAGCAUCCUCUACCGUCGUCUUCCAUCGUCGCUGCACUCGCUCUACCUCCUUGUUCUACGGCUGCAGGACAGCGACUACUGCGCCACCUGGUUGAACAGUGUCGUUCUCUGUGACUGCCUAGCUGUGGAGGGCCUCCUACUGAUAGCCUCCGUGUUGACUACUGCACAGGGUGACGUCCUACUAAUGGACAUUGCCCUGCAAGCUGCAGCUGAAUUGAGCAGACAGCAUCCUCAGCAGGCUGUUGGCAUGUUUUGCCUACUGCUUCACAUACUUGGUCGUGAGAGAGACCCACAUAUCUGCCACCAGAUUCUGCUAACUAUUCCGGAACUGGCUGUUCAUAAGACGUGUGUGUCGCCUGUGCUCAAGACAUUGCGAGCCCUAACCACUAAGCCAGGAGUUAACACGACAGCCAUCCAUCUGCUGACUCUACUGUGGAUGAGGCAGGAGCGUACCUAUCCUCAUCUCGCAAAGGUACUUCUGGACGUUCAGAUAUGUGCUGACGACCCACUAUUUUGGGCAAUAAUGGCCGCCGUGAGAACUAUAUGCCGAGAGAAGCCGUAUCAGCGUGGAACUGCGCUGGUGCCUCUCAUCUAUCGAGUGUUAACCUCAUGUGCAGACAAGGCGGUCACCCUGCCUUCUGUGCUGGGACUGCAAUCUCUUGCUGCUCUUUGUGAAGCAGAGGUUCUCGACAUUAGGAGCACGUGGUUGGCCCUGGAACCGAUAUUUACUACUGAACAGAGGCCUUCGGUAGUGAGUGGAAUCUGUCAACUACUUGCUAUUGUUCCAUCUUUAGCUGUGCAGAGCACAGAGUAUGAGGCAUUCAACGAAAAAGUGAUGAAUACCCUGUGGCAGAUCGUCCAAGGUCAUAAAGACACGGAUACAUGUCGUGCUGCCCUACUGGCACUGUCAGGCUUUAACCCAGCAAACUUCUGCAUCAGACACUUGCCGGCAGAGAUUAGACCAGAUUUGAAGGAUCCCGAACAAGGUGCUUAUGGAGCUGCCCUGGAAACAGAUGAUGAAAUUGAGGAGAGUCCAAUACCUGGCUACUGCUACAUACAGAUGCUAAAGCAUGUACCAUGCUCUCCUGAAUAUGGUGCCUUUUUGACGGCAGUUUGUAACCGGGAAAUAGAGUCAAUGCCGAGGCACGUAUACCACGUUUCGGCACAGCGACGGCCACAUCAGGCGCAGAACAGGGUUAUAGCGAGCGUUCCAGAGUUUCUGUUUAACAAAUAUGAACGCUGCAAGAUACCAUCCAUUCAGGGAAACCUCGCACUUGGUGUGCUACGUACAUUUAAUCCACCGUUGCCAGUCGACAAGGAUGGGAAAAUUCGCAGGGCUCACGUCUUGAACAAGGGCAGGCAGUUCCAGCAUCUUCUUCGUGGGAUUGUUUGUGACGUUCCUGUCCAGUGUGGAGACUGGUACUGCAAUCUGUCGUUGUCUAUGACAUGGGCAGGUUUCAUGAGUAGCCUGUUGAAUGCUGUCACAGAGGGGAGGAAAGCAGAGCUUGAGAUCAAGCAAAGGAAGGCUAAUGGUGAUGCUGACACCGUAGAGGAAAGCUCCGGUGAAACAGCAUGGCUGUGGGCAAGAGACCAGAUCACAGAUACACUACGUACAGCAGCCAGGGGGACACCUCAGGAGCAGGGUAACUCCGUAGUGGCGCUGGCAGCACUGGCAGCCGCUGUGGUGCGCCGUGCCAUUACAGUUGACCGGCAGACCGAGGCCGCAGCCACUCAGUUCACAAGCACCAAUCAGUGGCUUCAGACAAUGAUAGACACCGUGCUGCGCGUACUGGAUGAUGGCAGCGUGCCAAGAGGCGCCAUCUUCAACUGGCUGCCACACAAAGGUGGCACUGCGGGUUUUCUGCCACGCUGCAGUGCUGCCAUCUGCCUGCACCUUCUUCUGCCGGCCAUCAUCGCAGUGGAUGCAGAUCACGUGUCCACUGCUAUAGACUGUCUCCUGCGGCUGCUCCCUGAUGGAGAAUGUGCGACGCAGCCGUCUGCUGUCACCUUCCAUGCAGGCCUAGGGCUCGGCCUCUUCCUGGCGUCAGUCUACACAGAGCGCUUCCUAGACUUGUGCUCUGAUCAGAACUUGCAGGCUGUUCUCACGGCUCGUCAUCGGCUGGAGCAAUGCUGCGUCAGCGGGCAGGCAGAGAUGCGCGGCGGAUGCCUCGCUGGCCAGAUGGCGUUACUGUGCGCGAUGUGUAGCGAGGGCAGUACUGAGGCGGUGGAACACGUAACGAAGCAACACAGCGCCCUCUUGUGUCUGCUACAGGACACGAACCCGAUGUGCAGUGAGUUUUCGGUCGGGUGCGUCUGCGUGGCUGCUGUGACUGCCUGCGCACUCAGAGCCAACGUGCUGCAGCUGGCCUGUGCCAUCAGUGUCCUUGAUCUUCUCACUAAGCUUCAGGCUGAGAAUCCUAGGGAUGCAGCACUGGGCCAGGCACUUGGCAUGAUGGUGCAUGAACUGCUGUUACCUGGCAGGCAGCCAGCCAUCAUCAGGCUGAAAGAGCGACUGUAUGGGGACUGGAUGAAGACUCUGACCGAUGCUGGUGCCCCCUUGCUCCACAGGCAGACCUGUCUUAGGGGCGUGCUUGCAAUAUUUGGCAGUGAGCGUGAGAUUACUGGAAUGGCUGAAGACGUCACGGAGACGCAUGUUGACAGCAGACUGAACGAUGUGCUCCGGCUAACCAUGCAGAUUCUGUCCGGUAGCACAGAGGUAGCGCUGCAGUCAUGUGCAGCCUGGAUGCUGGGGCAGGUGUGUGCGGUCAUCAGCAAUAGCGAGAGAGCAACGACGACAGCCCCCAGCGACUAUUCCUACCUGAGCGAUCAAUAUGUCCUUCGGCCACUCAUCAGCGUCAUUGGAGAGGCAGGAAAACUCGGCCCAGAGGUUGUAAGGACAGAUGAGCUGGAAUUGUAUGUGCAAGCGCUGGCUGCUACACACGCCAGACCCCUGCCACCACUCAACUGGGCCAGUCUUCUUAACCCACUCCUCAAACUGCCAUUCGGUGCACUGGUCCAGCAGAUGUGUUUACAGAUAGCCAUUAAUGAAGGUGCAUCUUCAACUUCUGCUGCACAGUUUGUAUCGGCAUGGUGCAUUCCACCUCUCUACACCUCCCUCCAGCCGCACUGCAAAACCCUGCUCUGUGAGAAACUACCGACGCUAAUUCGCUUUCUGCCUCCGGCGAAGCUGAGGACAUUGUUGGAGAGACUCAUCGCUGACGCCUUCAGCACGGACAGCGAAGGUGUUCAGCUGGUGUCACUUCUAGAUGGCUUCUCUGCUGCCCUCACAGUAGCGGAUCCGCCACAGGCCGUCACGCCCGUGUUGUACAUGAAUGUUGAGCAUAUCUACACACUCAUCUCUGCUGAGGAGAAUUAUGACACGCUGCGAUCAGUGUACUCCCUUGUGGAACAGCUGCCUGAGAAUCUUGUUCAGAGGCUGGUUAGCUUCGAGCACUCAGAUCUCCGCAAACCAAUCUUCGUGUGCUGCCACCUCGUGAAGAGUGGAAAAAUGCCCUUGCAGUGGCUGGAUAAGUGCAUAGAGGGAGUUCUGGCCAACAUGAGUUUGACGAUAAACAUAUCCUGGCUGCUGAGGCUGGUAGGCAUCUGCCUGCAUCGCUGUUCCCGUGCUGAGCAUCACGGCGGAGAGGCUGCUAGUCUGCAGUGGAUGCUCAACCUUCUCGGGAAAAUGCGAGAGGUUAUGCUGGCUCGGUCUGAGGCGGCCAUCUUACGGCAGAAGAUCACAGCUCUGAUGCAAAUCUUUGCUGCCUGCGUUGUGGCGUUUUCAACCAGUCGUCUGCACCCACUUGGUACAAUCGCGAUGCAGUACGACAGGCAGCUCCAUCUACUGGAGGGAAAAAAUGUAUCACUUGGCUCCGAAUUACUGUCUCUGCUGCCAGUGGAAUUACCCAAGCUCUUGCAGUCCAAGCCAUGGCAUCAGGCUUCCAGUACUGUAUUUUCUUUGCUGCUGUUGCUGCAGCAACAGAAGAAUGAGUUUGGUGUGGAGCUAUCGUCUAUUAUCUCUGACUGUUUUAGAGAACUACGCCAUUGCUCGGAGUUCAAAGGUGCUGCAAUCUGGACACAAGUUGUGCAAUUGGAAGUAUAAGUUACCCAUAGGCGUCUAUACUCGUACUGCUCCAUAAAAUUGAUUGAAGCAGACAUUGCUGUGAUCUAACACUACACAAGUAUGCCCUCGCCCAUGUGUGAGUCUCGUGUGUCAUGCCACCCUCCAGCUCAAUGACUGACGAGUGGCAACGUUCGUGUGGAUCCCAGAAAACCUGGAAAGUCUUAGAAUUGCCAUGCAAUUUCAUCAUUUAUGUUGGAAUUGCAAUGCUAUUUUCCAGGUCUGGAAGAUCCUGGUAGAAAAUAGGUAAGGGUCAUGGAAGGUCCUAACAAAUUGGCUAUUAUUUUGUCUGGGCCUUGAAAUUGAGGUCAUGUUUAAAAGGCAAUAAAAUAUGCUUCACGUGAGUUUGUUCUCUUAUCUUAGUCAUUAAAAAUUAAGCUUUAAUUUAAGCCAUCAACAACUUGCUUUACCGUAGGUGUGUGAACCCUGUAGGUAAAUAGUAGUGUUAUUUGAUUCAUCAGUGUAAUGCUUUAGUUAUAACAUGAAAUAUCAAAAUGAUCACAAAAUAUUAGAAUUGCCAGGACUAGAACUUUGCAGGCAGUUAUAAAUAAUUGGUUGAACUUUACAUUGUUAUUGCUGGUGAAAGUGCUUCCAUGAAACAAGUGUAUGCUGUAAUUGAGAUGAUGGGGAAAAUAUUAAUAUUUUGUACAUGUAUCAAUUUUGUUUGCAACGCGAUGGCAUUCACUAUGAAUUAUGAUGCUCAUUAAAAAAUGUGCAAAGA